AUGCCGGAGUUUGUCAGCACUAGCCACACCGGAGUACUCAUGUCCAGCAGCGACGGUGCAGGGGUGCGCCGCCACGUAUAUUUCCUUGUGCAAUCUGCCUGGACCUACUAUGCAACAGCUGGAGUGCGCCGUCGAGACGGGCGAAGUCGAGCACGACGGGUGCGUCUUCCCCACCUUUCUGCACAGGCACAGCGGCGACUACAAAGGCCGCAUUGUCUUCAUCCACGGCUACAGAGACAUCUACGAGCUUUUUUUCGGGCUCUUCAACAAGCUGACCGCCGACGGCUACGACGUCCAUUUCCACUACCAGCGCGGCGAGGGCACGUCGCGGCCGGCCAGCAACGUGCAGUCCAGCAACGACGACUCGCGCGUCUACAAAGAUAUGGACUUCUUCAUCAGCCGAAACCUGGACGCCGACGACAAGGUGAUUCUGAUGGGCCACUCGAUGGGCGGCGGGCUGAUUCUCAACUACAGCGCGUUCGGCACGUACCGCGACCGGCUGCUCAUGACGGUCGCGUGCUCGCCGCUGAUCGAGCUCUCGCCGGAGACGGCGGUGCCCAAGUACCAAGAGUGGGCGAUUCGCGCGCUGUGCUGGGCCGUUCCUCCUGUUCGGUACUUGCGAGUCAAGACCCCACUCAAGGUGGAGUACGUCUCGUCGCUGCCCGAGGUGCAGCAGUUCAUCCGGAGCAGGGCGCCGCCGGCCGGGCUGACGGCCACGGCGAUCGAGGCACGCGACUUCGUGCUGCGCGGGAAGCGACUGCUCCACCCAGAUCUGUACGCGCGCUACAACAGGGACCUGCCCAUAGCCAUUCUGCACGGCAACGCCGACCACAUCAACGACUGCCGCGCCAGCAGGAAGUUCAUUGCCAACCUCCAAAGCAUCGGGUGCACCCACGCAAGCUACACCGAGCUCGAGGGCGCCGCGCACAACCUCGCUGUCGAGCCGUGCAGCGACAUUUUUUUCAGCCAGCUGCUGAAUAUUCUCGACGCCAACCGACGCGCGGGUCAAUAAAAGAUUUUUCUAGAUUUAUCGUGGUAUAUAAUCUCAGCACCCAAGCAGCUCACGCCAUGACCACCAUACACAACCCAAACAACUGGCACUGGGUCGACAAGAACUGUCUCAGCUGGGCCAACGCGUACUUCCAGGAGCGGCUGCCAAAGGUGCGCGCUGCGAGCGACAACCACACGUUUUCUGUCAGCAGCGUCAAGCCUGUGGCCGGAGACUGCGACGUGACCCAGCGCAAGGGCAAAGUGCGCUGCAUCUUCGACCUGCAAGUGGAGUUCGUCGUCCAGGUCGACCACGACGGCUCUGUUUCCGAACACACGGUGCGUCUCGUGGAGUUCGAGCACGACCAGCAGAGCUUCGAGUUCGAGGUCUCUGGCGACGCCGAAAAAAAAGCCCUCGUCCGCACACACCUCGUGCCUGAGGCCCGCGCGGUGUUCGAGCGCUUCCAGGACGACCUGCUCGCGACGUUCGAGAGCGAACUCAAACACAACACCAGCUGA